AUGGUCACCUACUCUUGGUUUCUGGCCGCUUUGGCUCUCAUCAACCCUCUCGCUGCUAUGCCCACUGGCGAACAGCUGGUUAAGAAACAAGCCAACAGUACAUGUACCCAGCCUCUGGUUCGGAAAGAAUGGCGCACGCUUUCGACGGAAGACAAGAAGUCUUAUAUUGACGCUGUCAAGUGCUUGUACAAUAAGCCAGCCGUCAAUUCGAAGGAAAUCCUGCCUGGGGUUACCAACCGUUACGAAGACUUUGUCGGAGACCAUAUCCUCCAGGCUUCUGCGAACCACUUUGUGGGUCACUUUUAUCCCUGGCAUCGCUUGCUUGUGUGGGCCUACGAGCGGGAGCUACGGCUUUGCGGAUAUGAAGGAGCUCAGCCAUAUUGGGACUGGUCAUUGGACGCCGCAAGCUAUGAUGACAUGCUCAAGUCCCCGGUUUUCGACCCUGACACAGGUUUCGGUGGGAACGGCGAAUGGGUGCCUGGUACACCUGAAAACCCCGAACCUGGCAUUCCCUUGACCGGUGGCACCCUUGUCUUUAACAUGUCUGACCGGACUGGAGGCGGGUGCAUCCCAAACGGCCCUUUUGCCAACCUUACCCUUCACAUGGGCCCCCAGAAUAGUGUUGCGUACAACGAAUGGUGCGUCCGAAGGGACUUCACCCCUAACCAAUUCAUGAGCCUGGGAAAUUCGGCUUCGGUGGCGGAGGGAAUGGCGCAGUCUGAUUAUGGAUUCUUCAGCAAGCUCACUGAAGACACUAUUCACGGCGCCGGUCAUCAGGGUGUUGGUGGUAUGUAUGGUGUCCUAAGCGAUAUCUGGGCCAGUCCUGGUGAUCCUCUUUUCUGGUUGCAUCACUGCAACAUUGAUCGGUCUUGGUGGUCCUGGCAAUCGAGGAAUCUGACGGAGCGUCUUCACGAUAUAUCCGGCCCAAUUACUCCUUUUGACCAUGACAACCGUCUCGGUGGCAACGUCACUCUCGAUUUCGAGGUCCGCACCAAUUCAACUAUCAAUGUGACCCUUCCUAUCAGGGACCUCAUGGAUAUUGGCAAUGACUUUCUUUGCUACACUUACGACUCCCUUUACUAA